ACAACAUUCAAAAGGGUCGCCAGCUCAGUAAAAUUGCUGGAAAACGUCACCUUCCCCGCAAACUCAGCGACGUUUCCAUUCUUCUUACUUUACCCCUUCGUCUAAACCUGAACCUGAUUUUUUGAGAAAAGGGGGCACAAAGCAUAGACAGAGAGGAAAACCUAUGAAACAUGGUGGAUGCAGCGCUCGAGCCUAUUCCCUCCCCGGCCCAAGGUGUCGGUCCUAUCUACAGACCUGAUGGCGAAAAGCCUACAGCAACAGUAUCCAAAGACAUCUCCUAUGAUAAUGUCCAUGUUCUACCUCAGUCUCCCCAGUUAAUUGCUUUAUUAACAAUGAUCAGAGAUAGAAGAACUAGCCGUGCAGAUUUCAUUUUCUAUUCAAACAGAAUCAUCCGUCUCCUGGUGGAAGAAGGACUCAACCACCUCCCAGUGGUUGAGCAAUCGGUCACGACACCUGUAGGACGUGUCUACCUUGGUGUUAAAUUUGAGGGGAAAAUAUGUGGUGUUUCCAUAAUGAGAGCAGGCGAGGCGAUGGAGCAAGGGCUUAGGGACUGCUGUCGCUCUGUUCGAAUUGGCAAAAUCCUUAUACAGAGGGAUGAGGAAACAUGCAAGCCGAAGCUUUUCUACGAAAAGCUCCCUGCCGACAUUUCAAAUCGAUGGGUGCUUCUCCUGGACCCUAUGUUCGCAACAGGAGGUUCCGCGACCCUUGCUGUCGAGGUCCUGAAGGCCAAAGGGGUUCCAGAAGAUCGUAUUCUAUUUCUUAACCUAAUCGCGAGCCCCUCCGGCGUUGCAGAUUUUGCAGAACGUUUCCCCAGGCUCAGAGUAGUGACAGCCUUUAUAGACCAGGGUUUAGAUGAGAAAAAGUAUAUUAUCCCUGGCUUGGGUGAUUUCGGCGAUAGAUAUUAUACACUUUGAUCAGGUUGGUUGAUAUUGGGGGUCGUGGAAGAUGUAGUUUACAAGGUAGAUACAGUAGAGAGAAUUUCCAUCUAAACAGAUAUUACGGGUAAAUUUUAUUCAUUUGGU